AUGAAGACUCUCACCUAUCUCUUCGAUAUUUUGUUGAUGCUUUGCAUUAUUCUGAUCCAAACCUGCGAAGCUGGCAAAGUCGUCGCCGUCAAUGGUAUCUGUACUCUUUCCUAUCUCGGCAUUGCCGUUUCGGAGACUGUGCUAUUUGAUGAAGCUGUUCAAAUCCUCGAUGCUCUGAACAUCUCUCCUUCAUGCAACAGAAUUGCUGCUGACACCCUUAUGACCUCGUGCCAGUCAAUCGGAAGUAAAGAUGGCGUCCGUAUUGAGAUCAACGACGUACUGGACCGUGUUCGCUCUAUAUAUGCUGCCAGACUUGCCAUCUGCGAGCUCGAUGGUGCAUUUGCAUCAAUUCCAACUUCAUGCCUCCCCGUGGCUGUUGCAUCCAAAGUUCCCAAAAGCCGCUUCUACUUCGAUAUUUUCAGCAAGCCUCACUCCCGGGAUGUCAAUGCAGAGGAUAUUUCCGAUAAAGUCUUACAGCCUUGUCUCAAAGCUCUAGAGUCACGUCCCCAGUGGUGGACCUCGUAUAGCAACAACCGCCAGAAUGCCAUGGUUCUUUGCCAUGCUGCUCGGCAUGAAGCUGAAAAGGAAGACAUCUUGAGCUUGCACAAGGACAUCACCGACAGUAGCAUUAAACUCAACAAGGGUCUACAAGCCGCCAUUCAAAAGGCUGCGAUGGAAUCCCAGCGGAAUGAAGAAUUUGCUGAUGCGCUCAAAGUUUUUCAGGACAGUUUUUUGGAGAAGGCUUCGUUUAUGGAACUCGCAUUCGGCAAGUUCGAGCCUCGUAUCAGUAAGAUGCUCGCGAUGACGGCCGCAGUUCUGGUAAGCCAAAAUGCCCAAACCCUCGCUGCUAUGACUCAUUCCGAGACCAUGAAGGAGAUUACGACUACUGCGGAGCUUGCCCAGGCCUUGGUCGAAAAGAUCACGAUCGAUGCUGCUCAGCUCGAAAGACUUAUUACGGCGUCCCGAUCGACUUUUACAACCAUGACUGGGAUCAAGUGGGGAGGCGUCGCCUCAUGGCCUACCUUUAUUUCGAUAAUGGUGGCCCUGUACUGGCGCUUCCCCAAUGCGGCAGCGAUGGUUUUGUCAGCUUUUAUUUGUAAGUACAAUCUUCUAAGUCGAUUCAUACCGUCCUUAGCUGAUAUUUAG